AUGGCAACUAUCAGAUCUUGUUUGGCUUUACUUUUGGGGUUGGCGUUCGUAAUGUCUGAAUCGUGCUUUGCAUAUCGCUUUGAUGCUUGGAGGAUACGAGUAUUUAACGACAUGAGCCAUGGAGAAACAUUGAGGAUUCACUGCAAAUCUAAAGACGACGAUUUGGGACGACAAACCCUUAAAGUUGGAAACAACCUCAAAUGGGAAUUUCGAGAGAAUAUAUGGUUGACUACAUUGUUUUGGUGCAACAUAAACAGUCCAUAUGGUCAUGCUGCUUUAGAAGUAUUCAAUUCUCGUGAUCCUGUACUAUACUUUCGGUGCCACGGGUAUGUGUGCAUUUGGUCGAUAAGGGAUGAUGGAAUCUACGUGAGAAAUAGUUCUCAAAAUAACAACUAUGAGUUGAUAGCUAAAUGGGAGCCUGGUCGGUAG